AUGCCUAUACUUUGGCUCUUCGUGGGUUACCCGGACACACCCACACCACGGCUGCUGAGCGACGGAGUGAGCAGUAUCAAGAAAAAUACGCUGAAAAUUUUUAUACUACUGUUACUCUUCUUCUUCACUAGAGCAGCACCAGCUGUAACAACAACAUUCAAUAAACGACCUUCUACCCGCACUGCUCUGCAUAUUGUAAGAAACUGGGGCGAUAAUCAAUUGUGUUCGAAUCGGUUCAAAUCGAUUCAAAUCGUUUCAAAUCAACUAUCACCUAUCACCUCUCUCUAUAUAUAUACACUACACUACCCACUGCGUAUGCCUUCCGUCUGCCCUGAGAUAUUCGUUUAUCUUCAGUUUAAAGUGGCAAAGGGGAUAACUUUUCGCGGUGGAAUAUCAACUUCCACGAUCCUCUCCACCCUGUUUGUCCAUUUGAAGUAUAAUUUAGAUGGUUAA